CCCAAAAAUAACGAUGAUCGUCAUUAAAGUACACACGGAAAGAGCCGGAAACCUUGGACGGCUGUACCCUAUUGCGCCGAACCCCGACCGUGUGAACACAAGCACUUACCUCACGCUGUCACUGGCGUCACUGGGCAAUAAGGUAAAGCAGCGUAUGGAAGACCUCACCGACAGCAACCAGCGCUACGCCCUGCUAUCGUUCGCCAUGUUCGCGCGGGCGUACCGUUUGCCGAAGAGGUGGGUUAGUGCCCGCAAUAGAAACACCCCCGCUGAAAAAGGCGUCAUCAUGGAAUACCGGAUGGUAUGCCGAAACACCAAUAUUGUCAAGGACCCCCUGUACGCGGAUUCCUCAUACGUGGCGAACACGACCAACAAGUUUGUGGCAAUUUUCGACACCACCCAGAAUGUAAAAGACAUGAUCGCCAAUCGCAAGAAAUACCACAUUCCAGCCAAAUUCGGGGGCAUAAUGGCUUAUCGAGUGGACAUGGACGAUUACGCCGGCAGCUGCGGCGAGGGAGUGUUCCCUCGACUCGGAGCCCUCAAGAGCGAGCUGUUGAAAUGACACAGCAUUUUCAUUCGUUCACCAGUGCAGCAGCUCCACGGUGUCGUUCGCCUCACGAGCUGGCGUCGUUGCUGCACAAGGCUGGAAGCCCACGCCUGAUAUCGCAGAAGGUCGCGAGGCAACCGAAUAGAACUUUUCGGUUUGUCUGCUUGUUUCUUGCUCUUUCUUCUUCAACGUAUAUAAAGAAUGCUCUUUUUCGAUGUA